UGUGUUGCUUUUAUGAAUAUAUUUUACAUUCGUGUGCAAUUGUCGCAUUUACUUUCUUCUUUCGCCGCAGAGCCACAGCCAUUGAUCCCUAGGGGCCAGGUGUAAAUAAUCGGCACGUGACGAGGCCUUAAUAACAAAUGCCAGGGAUGUUUAUCAAUACACGAUUCUAAUUAACAGUGCUGUCUUUUCGCGACACUUCAUGGUUCUGUGCCACUGUUUAUAAGGUGGUUUUUAAACUAUUAAUAGUUAAACGCUGUUGACUCGAAUCACAGGCAGGAUACGUGUUUAUAUAUAUUAUAUACUACCACCGCGAUCAGCUGCACACCUGUCUUGAGUCAUGGAGGACCAUGCACAUGGACAGAAGAAAGACCAGGAAUAUUUGGAGACGAUAUUCCACCUGUUUGAUAAAGACAACGACGGGAGGAUCACGGCGGAGGAACUGACAACAGUGCUGGAGUCUCUUAAAAUGCACCUCAAUAAGAAGGAACUGAAAGAGCAAGUGGAUAAAGUCAUGGCUGACGGCGACAAAGAUAAAAAUGGAACGAUCGACUUCGAUGAAUUUCUUGUAUUUAUGGAGGCCAGAAUGGCCCAUCAUGAAGGUACACUGAAAGAGAUGAGGGACGCAUUUCGUAUGUUUGAUUGCGAUAGCAAUGGCUUCAUAGAGGCAGAUGAACUCAAAAGUGUGAUGCUCAAACUUGGAAAUGACCUAAGUACCAAAGAAGUGGAGGCAAUGAUCAAAGAUGCAGACCUCGAUGGAAAUGGAAAGAUAGAUUUUGAUGAAUUUGUAAAAUAUAUGAUGGAGAAGGAGUAAAGAUUCGAACCAUGAACUUUUGGAUGUGUGUACAAAGACAGCUUUAUACUUGUAAUUCAUGUUAGAGAGACUCCCUAGGGUGUGACAUGUUAUCGUGUAUAUGGUGGGGGUUACAUUGUGGGGGGUUAGGGGACGGUUGGGGUUUAAUGGGCUGGGCCAACUACUUAGUAGAUGGUGGGAAGGUUUGCUGUGGUGGCAAAAGUCUAUAUGUAAUAAUCAUGUGUUAAUGAGUUAAAUUUAUUUUAAGGAGAGGGGCUGUUAUUUUAGUCAGUGUGACUUAUGUUUAAAUGCUUUACAAUAUUAAACAGUCGCUGUUUAUUUAUACUUGCUGUAUCGCACUGACAACAACGAUUCUCACGUUUGUACUUUGAUUGUGUGUACACACUGACUAGAGUAUCGCGAGAAUAACUCUGUGUAAAGAUGUCAUUCUAUACAGUAUAAAUACAGCGACAGUGUAUUUAUUUAAAGGUACAAUUCAUUAGCAUUUAACAGAUUUAAGGUUAAUGAAAAUAAGCAUGAGAUUAAGUACAAUAUGGAAAGAAUCGGGGAAGAUAGCAGUAUAGUUGGGAAUUUUUGGAUACAGAGGACGCAUCCAUUUUUGAGAUACCUGGGCCCGUAUUCAUGCUCAAGCAUGAAUUCUGUGCUCAAACCAAAAAAACAUUCUUACAACUCGCUUCAAUCUUGUGACACGGCCAAAAGGUUAAGUGUAAAUAUUGAAACGGUAUUCGGUUUUUAGUCUCUCUAAAAUUCUUCCAGUACAUUGAGAAAAAUAUGGAUUUUUAUCAAAUUAUAAUGAAUAAGAACGAAAAAUUGGGCUCGAGCACAGAAUCAGAGUUUGUGCAUGAGAACGGUUUCUGGACAUAUUUUCCCUGUACACGUAGACAUUUUAGCGGCAAUAUGUUUUUCAUUGUUCAAGUUUCGCGAUAGUUUCAUCACUUUUGAGUUCGAAAAACGGUUUUGUUAACAUUUCGGCAGUCUUUUGUUAUUUUUAAGCAAUGCUACCAAACUGAUACCUUCAAACUGAAAAUAUGGGUCACUUCAUGUCAAACAUUCACGUUAAAUAAACUGAUAAUUUGCCGUUUUCAACAAGCAGCUUAAUAUGAGAGAAUGCAUAAUAUAAGGGGACUGCAUUGCUGUGUCAGCUACAUGUACAAAACAUCAUGAAGAAAACUCAAAGCCAUGCGUCUGGCAUGAAAAUAUAUUGAAGCGAGAAGGGAAGGGGGUCGAGAGUGUGGUAUUGUCAUAUUUAUUUUAUGGAGGUGGGGCAUACAUAUUUGUUGAUGUUCAUGUGAUAAGAAUCUCAGUGAAAAAUGUCUUCGUUAUUAUAUAUAUGUAAACAUAGAAUCUUGUAUAUAUUCUCGUAAAUACACUAUGGCCGUUGUAUGUUCUACGUUUACCGCCAGUGCGAACAAACUCUGUUAAACUGACAAAAACCAGUCCUGUUUCGCCUCGGAAUACAGGCGAUUCGUUAGGACCAAUUCGUUUAUACAUGUAUCACAUAUCAAACCAUUCCAUAAAUGAACUUUAUACAUGUUUGUGCUAUUUAUACGCAUGUCGAAAAAAAAAAUGUCAGGAGGUCACGAGUUCACGUUUUAAAUAUUAUAUUUUGGUAUCAAAAACAGCGAAUAUCACACGCCAGGAAAAAGGAUUUCAAUGCAAAUUUGAUAUGUCCAUCCAUGUAAACCAUGGUAUCGCCCUAUGUUAUUCUGGGUCAAAUGAACACUUUAUACUUAUGUUUGUUGCAAAGUUAAUCGUGAGUGAAUUUUUACCUCGUGUUCACAAAAGCAAGAUUUACUUGUUUAUACCGAGUCAGGUCAGCACAUUUAAUUGUGCGCAAUUAAAUCAGCAAAUUUAAUACGCAGAGCUACAGUAGUUUGGUUUGUCUCCAGGAAGUUUAACUACUUAGAAAAGACUUAUACAUACAACUUAUCUCUCCUUAUUUAAUUUUUAACCGUAAUGUCAUACUUACCAAAAUAUUAUCGUUUUAAAAUAUUUUACUUUGGGGUAGAAAUCGUGCCAUAUGAAUGCCUUUGCCGUAACAGAAAGUAAUUUGACGUCUGUUUUUGUUGUUAUUUGUCUUCACGUAAAUAAAUUUUAAAUGAGCUCA